AUGGCUAUUCAAUAUCCUUUUGAUUUGGAUAUUUUCCAAAAAGAAGCUGUUUACCACUUGGAAAAUAAUGAAAGCGUCUUUGUUUCUGCCCACACUAGUGCUGGUAAAACUGUUGUUGCCGAAUAUGCUAUUGCUCUGGCACAAAAACACUUGACAAGAGUUAUCUAUACCUCUCCAAUCAAAACUCUAUCUAACCAAAAGUUCCGUGAAUUCAAAAAGACCUUUGGUGAUGUUGGUAUCUUAACAGGUGAUGUUCAAAUCAAUCCAACUGCUACUUGCUUAAUCAUGACAACAGAAAUUUUGCGUUCCAUGUUAUAUAAGGGUGCUGACUUGAUCAGAGAUGUUGAAUGGGUCAUUUUCGAUGAAGUUCACUACGUCAACGAUCCUGAAAGAGGUGUCGUUUGGGAAGAAGUUAUUAUUAUGCUUCCAAAACAUAUUAACCUUAUUUUACUCUCAGCUACAAUUCCAAAUACCUAUGACUUUGCUGAUUGGGUUGGUAGAACCAAGAAAAAGAAGAUUCACGUCAUUCAAACAUUCAAGAGACCUGUUCCUCUUGAACAUCAUUUGUACUAUAAUGGAAAUAUUUACAAGAUUGUCGAUUCCAAUUCUAAAUUCCUUGCUGCAGGUUAUAGAUCUGCUCUUUCAGCUGAAGAAGAAAAGGAAGAAAAGAAUAAGAGUAGAGGUGGAUUCAAAAAGACACCAUAUUCCAAGCUGAUUGAAACUCUCAAUAAGAAGAAUUUACUUCCUGCUGUUACUUUCGUUUUCAGUAGAAAACAAUGUGAAGAUAUCGCCAUUUCUCUUCAAAAUACAGAUCUCAAUGAGGCUGGAGAAAAGAAUGAGAUUCACAGAUUUAUUAAUCAAUCAGUUUCCAGAUUGAAGGGAUCUGAUAAGGAAUUACCUCAAAUUGUGAGAAUUUCUGACUUGCUCAAGAGAGGUAUUGGUAUUCACCACUCUGGUUUAUUACCAAUCGUUAAGGAAAUUGUAGAAAUUUUGUUUUCAAAAGGUCUUAUCAAGGUACUCUUUGCUACAGAAACAUUUGCUAUGGGUGUUAACAGUCCAACAAAGACUGUAGUUUUCAACACAUUAUGGAAGUUUGAUGGUAGAGACAAGAGAGAUUUAUUGUCUGGAGAAUAUAUUCAAAUGAGUGGUAGAGCUGGUAGAAGAGGUCUCGAUACUGUUGGUAACGUUAUUAUCAAUUGUGCUUCUGAAAUUCCUGAAGAACCUCUUCUCCAAAGAUUAAUCCUUGGUAAAGCAACUCACCUUGAAAGUAAAUUCAAGUUGAGUUACAACAUGAUUUUGAACUUGAUGAGAGUUGAAGAUUUCAAGAUUCAAGACAUGAUUAAGAGAUCCUUCUCUGAGAGCAGAACUCAACAAAUUGUACCAAACAAGGAACUUUUGCUUAAGAGUAAGGAAAAGUUGGCAGAAAUUGAGAAUAUUGAUUGUAUUAACGGAGAACCUGCUAUCGAACCAUUCUAUGCUGUUGCAAGAGAUUUAGAAGAUUUGAACUACAAGAUUACAAUGGAAGUCAUGACAAAUUCAAAGCUUAGUACUUUGAUUGCUUGUCCUUCCUAUGAUAUUUUAACAAUUUGUAAUGAAAAACUCAACUUGACAUCAUCCAUGGAAGAAUUUAGUUUCCAUAAGGAAACAUCAGAAAUGAGAGCAGCUGCCAAUCAACUUAUCAACAUUUGGAAAGAAAAACCACCAACACCAAUGAAUAUCGUUAAGGAACUCAAAUUAUCAUCCCUAGAAUUUACUGAAGCACUGUCAAAGAGACAACAAAUUAUUCUCAAGCUUCAAGAAAACAAGUGUAACAUUUGUCCUAAAUUGGAGGAACACUUUGAUAAGAUUGAUAAGCAACACAAGAUUAGACAAGGUCUCGAUAAAUUGAGAUAUGCCCUUUCAGAUGAAAACUUGGAAUUGAUGCCAGAAGUUAGAAAGAGAAUCAAGGUACUCAAAUUGUUGAAAUAUGUAGAUAUUGAUGAAACUGUACAAUUGAAGGGUAGAGUUGCUUGCGAAUUGAACUCUUGUGAUGAAAUGUUAGUUACUGAAAUGAUCUUUGAAAACUUCUUUACAACCAUGACAUGUGAAGAAGCUGUUGCCGUUCUCUCAUGUUUGGUUUGUCAAUCAAGAGGAGAAUCAGAAGAACCAACCCUCACCAAGAGAUUACAAGAAUUGAAAGAUAAGGUUUCAAACUUGGCUCUCAGUCUUGGUCAACUUCAAAUGGAAAAUGGUUUAGACACAAGCCCAACUGAUUACCUCUCCAAGACUCUUAACUUCUCAAUGAUGGAAGUUGCCUAUGAAUGGGCAAUGGGACAAGAAUUCAAAGACAUUUGUUCUCUCACAACCAUUCCAGAAGGUACUGUUGUGAGAAGUAUUUCACAAUUGGAUCAAGCACUUCGUGAUGUAAGAAAUGCUGCUCGUAUUAUUGGUGAUACCAACCUUUACCAAAAGAUGGAAGAAUCCUCUAGAAAGAUUCGUCGUGAUAUUAUCUUUGCGGCAUCAUUAUUCUUAUUCCCGACUGAUGAGAAAUAA